AUGGUAGCAUUCUCAAACUUCAAGACAAAUAAGUUGACUACAAUUACAUUUGCAUUGCUGAUCGUUGUGUUUACAUUUACACUGGCAGCGUGUAUUAUAGAUUGGUACAAGACAGACUCACAGACAACCGAUUCCAACACCAGAGCCGUCUACAGACUAAAGCCAACCACUAUAUUAUUGGAUACCUACAUUUCUGGCGACCAUGCAUCAUCAAUCGAUCUAGACUGGGGAACAUUCGAACUAACAAGAACACAUUCAAUCAUUAAUGCAGCAGUUGCUUUGUGUGCAUUGUCAUGGCUGGCAUGUUUGACUGCAGUGAUCUUGGUGUUCCUUGUUCAGAUUGAGGUGUUUGGAACAAAGUCAAAGGUCAUGUGGUUGGUCUGCAAGAUUGUCAUUAUCAUCUCAACAGUUGUACUCUUUAUGUGUGUUGUAGUACUAGGUGGAGGUAUAACUCCAGCUUUCAAAUCAGAUAUUGAUGGAGCAUCAACAAUGACAGGUAUCUUUGCGCCAUGUGUCCAAACAUGCGCCAACAGCUUCACUGGUAACAAGAAUGGCACAAAGUUUGGACCAGGCUCUGGUUGGAUUCUGGCAUUAGUCGCUUUGUUCUUUGCUGUUGCCGCUUCAGUGCUGCCAUGGUUCGACAAGGCACAUGACUUGUAG